AUGGCUUUCCCUUCUCUUUGGGCCUGCUUACUAAUUGGCUGCUUUUCUGUUUCAUUAGCAGAAGCAUACAAUCUCUCAGAUCUGUAUCCUCCCCUAUGGAAGGAGAGUCCUGGUCAGUUCAGUGACUACAGGGUGAAAAAUGGAAAGUACAUUAUUAAUCCCUGGGCAUAUCCUGAGAGAUUGGGGAUGUAUAAAAUUCUACUGAGCCAGACAGCCAGUUAUUUUGAAAAAUUUGCACCAGAAAAUGAACAAAAUAUAUUAUGGGGACUGCCUCUACAGCAUGGCUGGCAAUAUACUACAGGCAGAUUAGCGGAUCCCAGCCAGAGGACAGACUGUGGCUAUGAUUCUGGAGAUCGUUUGUGCAUCUCUGAGGACAGUUGGUGGGCUGACAUGAAUUACUUUCUCUCCGCAUUGCCCUUCCUUGCUGCGGUUGGCUCUGACAUAAUGGGGAUAUCAUCAGACCAAGUCAUACUUUUGCCACCACCCAAGGAUCAAACAAAGUUUUGUCUUAAUGUUUCUACUUGUCAGUCAUCCUUCCCUAAGACAAUGAGAAAGUGGAAUGUCUUCUACCAGCAUUUGCAGUUACCUUCUAGUAGCUUUGAGGACUUAUUGAAGUACUUAUGGGCUGCACAUGUAUCAGCUUUGGAAGAUGCUUACAAAAUAUUUGAAGAUAGGUUGCAAGACUAUUCUAAACCAGAAGCAGAUUUUGGAAAAAGUUGGUAUGUGGAUGUGGGAUAUAUAGCUACAGCCAAGUUUCCUACAACCUUGAUUAGAACACAUGAAUUCCAGAAGUGUCUGCCACCACGAAUGCUUGUCAGUGGGGACAGAGCCCCCUACAUCAGUGACUUUACUAAACUUCAGAACAUAGUCCUGCUUGGUUUAAAUAUUCUUCAUGAAGUGGAUAACGCUACAGGGUCAUCCUCUUUGACUGUAUGGAAAAUUUUAAUGAAGACAGAAGGUGCAAGAAAACUAGUUCUAGAGCUUUCAGAAAAAGUUCUUGAAAUCUUUAAUCAAAAAUUUCUGGAGCCGGAACCGGUUUGGCUCAGUGGAUAGAGCGUCGGCCUGCGGACUGAAAGGUCCCAGGUUCGAUU